AUGCACACAAAUGGAGCCUCCAAUUCCCAAGGAGCUGGGAUCAGCGUUGUAUUGGAGGCACCCUCUGGAUUACAAGUUGAGGCGAUCAUACGGUUGGAGCAACAUGCCACAAAUAAUGAAGCCAAAUACGAAGCUCUGAUCUACGGUCUAGAAUUGACACGAAGCAUGGGCAUCAGACGACUGAGAAUCAGAGGGGAUUUGAAGCUAAUGAUAGAGCAGGUGGCCGGCAACUUUGACACCAAGGCACCCCAUCUGACCAACCUGUUGGAAAACGUAUCUGCAUUAAAGUCACAAUUCCAGCAAUUUGAGAUUGUACAAAUACCGAGGGAACUGAAUCAGAGGGUCGAUGCCCUCACAAAGCAAGCCUCUGUGGGAGAAUGUUCUCGACACUCAGCAAUUUCUACAAAUCGUACUCCAGAAGUUGUGACAAUUUUUUCCAUCUCGCCAGAACCAGAAUGUUGGAUGGAUCCAAUUAUCCGCUACCUGACCAAGUCUAAACUACCAUCCAAUGCGAAAGACGCAAAGCUUCUGCGCCUUAAAGCCCAACGCUACUCCAUUAUCCAUGGAACGUUGUACCGCAGAUCCUUUAACGGGCCAUAUCUUCGAUGCUUACGUCCCUCAAAAGCUAAAAAAUUAUUAGAGGAGAUCCACAAAGGAGCAUGUGGGAAACACACAGGGGGACGAAGCUUGGCACACAAAGCACUCACAGUAGGAUAUUACUGGCAAUACAUGAUGACAGAAGUGCGCGACUAUGCGAAGAAAUGUGACAGAUGCCAGCGAUUUGCACCUACCAUCCAUCAACCCGCUCAAAUCCUACAUUCCACUAUCGCCCCUUGGCCCUUUGCAAAGUGGGGGUUGGACGUGGUUGGAGAAUUUCCCAGAGUCACUGGAGGAAAACGGUACACCUUGUUAGCUACUAAAUACUUCACUAAAUGGGUCGUAGCAGAGGCCUACGUCACAGUCAGCAAAACAGACACCAUGAGCUUUAUAUGGAAACACAUCAUCUGUGACAGCAAGGGCCAAGCAGAGGCUUCUAACAAGGUCAUUUUUGCCAACAUCAGGAAAAACUUGGAAGAUAAAAAAGGUGCAUGGGGAGACGAGUUACCAAAGGUACUAUGGGCAUACAGAAUGACGAAACGAACCUCUACAGGCAAGUCUCCCUACGCCAUGGUGUAUGGAACAUAA